GGGUCCAUCCCAGAGGGGGAGUGGUCUGGUGAUGUGUCCGUGUUUGUAGCACUGUUUCCCGGCCAGCCUCCCAGCUGAGACUCGCUGUGAUUUCCUCUUCCUCCUCCUCCUCCUCUUCUUCUUCUUCCUCCUCUCCGUUAAGGCCCCGUUUAACCGUCUGUCUCCGGUUAAAGAUGGAGCUCCAGACGAUCCUCCCCGCGCUGCUGUUCCUCUCUGCCGCCGGUCUGCAGCCGGUGACCGGCGCGGCUUCACGGACGGGACCGAGAGUCACGGAGAAGGUGUUCUUUGACAUCACAGUAUCAGGUCACGAGGUCGGACGGAUCGUCGUCGGCCUUUUUGGGGAGGUCGUCCCACUCACUGUCAAUAACUUUGUCUCCCUGGCAACCGGAGAGAAAGGUUACGGCUACAAAGGGACAAAGUUCCACAGAGUCAUCAAAGACUUCAUGAUCCAGGGAGGAGACUUCACAGCCGGAGACGGAACAGGAGGUCACAGCAUCUAUGGAACCACUUUUGCAGAUGAAAACUUCAAACUGAAGCAUUUGGGAGCAGGAUGGGUGAGUAUGGCGAACGCCGGUCCGGACACCAACGGAUCGCAGUUCUUCAUCCUGGCUGCCAAAGCGCCGUGGCUGGACGGGAAACAUGUGGUUUUUGGCAAAAUCCUGGACGGGAUGUCUGUGGUUCACACCAUCGAGCUCCAGGACACCAACGACAGGAACCUGCCGUACACCGAGUGUGUGAUCGUCAACAGCGGCCAGAUCCCCGUCAAAGAGCCCUUCGUGGUGGAGGUGGAGGGCUGGUAGAUGGUUUAUUAUAUAUUAUUAUAUUCUGGUGAUCAAUCAGAAGUCCAAUUUGCCAAACUCACUUUUUCACAACAUCACUUUUGCAUGUUAACGUGCUAACGCUAGCAAGAAGGGCUCGGUAUUAAUAACAUUUUAAAGAAAUAUAUACAUGAUUUUCUUUUUUCUUAUUCAGCAAAAAUGUAGCUUCUCAAAUUCGUCAUUGCUUAUUGUUUUGUAAACACAAAAAAAGCUGCACAAGAAUGAUCAGAAAUUAUGAUUGAAAAGUUGAAAUCUUUGAUUAAAGAGCCUGAACCAAAACUGAUAAUUUGACUAAGCAGCUUUAAAUAUAUUUAAAGGUUUUUGAUACUGCUUUGGAGGCAUUUUGUUUGGAACCCAAAACAACUCAGCUCUAUUAGCAAACUAACAUGGACGCCAACAUGUUUACAUGCUACCUGUGUGGCUAAAUGUUACGUGCUAAACGUUAGCAUGUUAAAAUCUAGAUGGCUUGCUAAUGCUAGCAUGCUAACAAACACUUUCUUCCUAGAUUUUUACCUUAUGUGGAGAUAAUAUAAGUAAUAUUUAUUAUUAAAAGAACAUAUCACACAUUGAUGUCAAACAACUGUCUGUGAACUUUCACAGACAGUUGUUCUCCUGUUGUGACAGUCCAGACAGUCACAACAGGAAAUACAGGUCAAAGAAAUAUGAAUCUGCGGUAAAUAGAGUGCUACAUGGUUGAUGUAUUUUUGUUACUAACAGAAUGUUAGCUUCACUGGUUCCCUACAAAAGAAUCCAAUGCGAUUCUUCCAUCUAUAUAUCAGAGAACUAAACGUUUAAAUCUCUUCAGCUUGUGUGAAACACAGACUUUAUUUCAGACUUCUAACCAAAAACACACUGACUUUGAGUCGAGGGAACAGGAAGUGUAAAAAUGCUGACUGGAUUUUAGGACUCAUCCCUGUAGCACUCUAUUCAAAUGUUGUUAAAACUGGGCUUGAAGUUCAGAUAGAAAUUAAGAGAAGCAAAAUUAAAUUCAUCGUGAAUAGUAAAGGAAACCACAAACAUUCGCAUGUCAUAAUAUUUUCUAUGCUCAUAUGCACAAUUCAUCCGAUUCACUGUGCGUCAUGCUAACGGGUUUUAUACGUUAGCAUACUUGCUAUAUUCAAUGUGUGGUGCCAGUUAGCAUCAUCCAAACUAAAUAAUGAACUGUGACGAGGACAAACAUCCAGCCCAGGUCUGAAACAGUCACAAAAUACAAUCUAUUGGUUACAGGGACAUAUUUUGUCUUUUUUCUUUAGCUGGCGGUUUCGUUGCCUCAACCCAACUGUUGGUUUCGUUGCCUCAACCUAACUUGUGUUUUUAACAUGUCCCUGUACAAAAAAAUAAUAUAUUGCUUUUCGUGACUAUUUCUUGAACUGCUGACUGUGGUGAAACAUUAUGGAAACUUGCACUUCCUGAACAAUGUAGCUCUUCUUUAAUCUCUUAUUGGCAGCAUCAUUCUUUAUUUGACAAAUCUGUUCACACUUUCUAUGCAUCUUGUCAAUACGUAAAUAUCAAUUUCAAACAUAUGCAAAAGACUAACUGUAGCAAGUGUCAAAUGCCAUUCUUGCACUUUAAUAUUAUAAUUUUUGUUAUCUUUCUAUCAUUGAAAAUGAAGAUUCUCAGCCUUCUCAGGCUUUGAUUAAAAAGAGACCUUCUCUUCCUGAUACAUUAUUAUGCGCGUUUGCAAAAACUACAGCAAAACCUGCACGAGAAGGAAAAAGUGUGGAUAUUAAUACUGUAGCCGUCCUCUCAGUAAUGAUUUUAAACGUUGUACUUUGUUUGGUGGUGUGUUGUUACCAGAUUCUGACUCUUCUAGUUUUAUCUUUUGUCGUUGUUCUUGUUAUUUAUUGCUGUGAUUUCCGACACUAAACUGUCACGGUAGCAUUAAAGUCUAGAGACGUAAUCACUGAUGUUCCUUCAUGUCACUGAAGUUUAUGCAGCUUUUAAAACCUCUGUAACUACAUAUCACUUCUGUUUGCAUUAUAUUUGUAGUAACAGCAGGUGUGUGUUUUCUACAAUAAACAAUAUGCUGUUGAAAAACCCUGUUCAGCUA